UGUAUUUUGCCAGCCGUAAACGACUAAACCGAAAAGAAAUUUGAAAUACGUCUUUUGACUUUUUUCCGUUUUUUUUAUUCGGAAGUUUUUAAAGUUACGAAGGAAGUUCUUGCCUCGAAUUGCGAGUUGUGCGCAUAUUCUAUUAUUUGUGGCAUAAUAGUCGUUUCGGAAGCUAACCAUGGCAGGUUCUGAGUCCGUGCGGAUGACAAAUGCGGAUUUCCGGAAGAUCUUAAUGACACCUAGAUCCGAUGAGAAGCCUUCUGGAUCCCUACCAUCAACUCCGUCGUCCAUUGGUUCAGAUAGGAAGGCCAAGUACAGACCCCAAAAGAAACGAGUUCCUCCAGCGCCAAAAUUUCCAAAUGAAGAAGGGGCUCCACCACCGACACCAGAUUCUCACUACCGUGAUCGAGCCAAAGAACGCCGUGAGCUGGCUACGCAGGAUCAUGAGCAGCUUAUCAUGUUGGCUGCUACAGCAGGCUACAAAGCGGUUGCACCGGAUUUUCAAUCUGGUCUGGACGCAGCCGAACGCCGUAGGAAGAUUAUAGAGGAAUCCAAAUUUUUGGGUGGUGACAUUGAGCACACCCAUCUCGUGAAAGGGCUGGAUUAUGCGCUUCUGCAAAAGGUGAAAGCGGAGCUUGAUAGUAAAGAGGAGGAAAGCCAGCCUGCAGUCGAAGAAGAGGAGGAAGCGCCAAAAACUAAAAAAUCGGCCAAGGAUCUUUUAUCAAAAAAACCUGCGACAAAGCUCAGCGAACAGGAUAAAACACCGGAAUUCAAAACACGCUUAGCGAAAAACGUCUACAAUAUCCUGUUCAAUCAAGAAAUCCCCCAGCGGAAUCAGUUUUUCAUACCUGGACGCAUGGCGUUUCUAUGGGAUUUGGAUGAUGAAUUUGGUAACUGGGAAACACCGACCACGCUGCUGCGCAGUAAAGCAGAAUUGCGGCAAGAGGAAGGACCGGAUAAACAUGCGGAUCAUCAUAUUGUAAUAGAAAAGUUAACCCAGAUCCUUUCUCACUUGCGGCAAGGCAUCCGAGUGUCAAAGAAAUCGAAGAAAGAAAAAAAACUAGCGUUCGUUGAUCCAAAAACUCUUCCUCAAAGCAAACCACCUGGAGAAAGUAUAUUUGAUGAUGACGAUGGAAGUUAUAAACCAACUACCACUAAAUUAUUCGUUCGACCCGGUGACAGUGAAGUGAAAGCCGCUUAUUUCAAAAAACCCGAAGGCGCAAUCGUUAACGAAACUGCUGAGGAAAAACAGAAAAAAGAUCACGAGUACAUCCGAAACGUCAUUGGCGCGGCCAAGAAACUCGACAUUGCCGAGAACGGUAAAUCAGAAGUUGGAAUUUCUAAGGCCAGUGCUGCGGGACCGGAAAUGAAUCGGCUGCGAGUUGAAAGCGGACCGGAUAGCUAUGCUGAAUGUUAUCCUGGAUUUCAUGAAGCUCUGGAGGCGGCGGUGGAUAGUGAUGAGGAUGAUGAUCUGAGUAAAAUGGAUCAUGGUAACAACAAGAGCGCAAUCAGCCGAAAAGCUUUCGAUACGGACGAGGAUUACAGUAAUUAUAUGGCUCAGAGGGAAGCUUUGCCCAAAGCGGCCUUCCAGUACGGUGUCAAGAUGACGGAUGGGCGAAAAAAAGCCAAGAGUUCCACGAAAAAUGAAAAAGCAAAAAUUAAUAGUGAAUGGACAAAAAUUAGUGCACUCAUCCAGAAACGCAAAGACGGGGGAGAUUUCCAUGGUGAAUCGAAAAGGGCUAGAAAUGAAUGAUGGCACUGCGACCAGAGGACAGUCUCGUCUGUCAGUCUGUACACGUACACACACAGAGAGUCCCCUAUUCAUUUUCUGCACUGGAGUGUUCGGGACGGGAAUUAGUGGUAUGGAUUCGCUUUACGCAUGGCUGAUCAUAUUGGCGGUGUGUGCGACACUGGCAUGCCAAAGUAAAGUGGUCUUUGAUGGGGAAUGUUUUACUCUCUUUCGAUGUUUUCACUUGACAGCUUCUUAUGAAUAUUUAACGGACUGAUCGGCGUAAUGCGUCCGCGGUAUCGGAGGAAUUGCGGUUUUGUGUGCUUAUUGUUAUUAGCGCAUUAUAGUUGUCGGGAAAGUUGAAAUCGGGAAGUUGUUUUUCGGGCUGGAUCAUAGAUCAAAUCCCGACAAUCUGUCAGAUGUAGUGCCCGGAUUGACUCUAGAGAAUCCGCUAAAUAUAACAGAUCCGUGUCGG